UCUUCAUUUACUAGUUGGCUUGUGUAUGUGCAUGUUGAGAGUACACGGACUGUCUGAAAAUUGAGGAAGUGUCAUCAAAUUAGUUUCAUCAAAAUCCAGGAUGGCCACCGCUGAAAGAGAUAUUGUCGUGCUUAAAAUGGACGAUUACCAAUGUCUUAAGGGAAAACAAGAGAUGCUUUCACCAAAGAGCAACAAAAAUCUGACAGAUGGAAACGUUGGUAAAUCUGGAGAGGACACUCCUGACUCAGUUCCCAGCAGCCAGGCUUCAGGACCAGAUAUAGAGGAAUUGGUUAAAUAUACACAGCCCAAGGAAGAUGAAAAGAGAGAUCUUGAGAAGGCAGAGUCAGAGGAUAAUACAGAUGCCAUGCCUUCCAACAAACCUAUAGCAAGAGUAUCAGCAAUGCCACAAUCAACUUUCCCUCUACCACAGCAACCAUGUAAUGAGAAAGUUAGCAGCAGGACCCUUCCCUCUGCAGUUGCCAGUUCUGGACCUAGAUGCGAAGAUGGAGCAAGGCAAGGAGUCGAAAGGAACACUGUUGAACAAACAGUAGUGCCACCAUCAACUCUACAACAGCAACCCUGUGAUGAGGAAGUUAGCACCAGGACAAGUCCCUCUUCAGUUGCCAGUCCUGGAACUAAAUGCGAAGAUGGAGCAAGGCAAGGAGUUGAAAGGAAUGCCGUUGAACAAACAGCAGAGUCAGAGGAUAAUACAGAUGCAGUGCCUUCCAACGAACCUACAGCAACAGUUACAUCAGAGCCACAAUCGACUGUCCCUCUACCUCAGCAACCCUGUGAUGAGGAAGUUAGCACCAGGACCCGUCCCUCUUCAGAUGCCAGUCUUGGCACAAGAUGCGAAGAUGGACCAAUGCAAGAAGUCAAAAGGAACGCUGUUGAACAAGCAAUAAAUCUUGAAGAUGAGAAGGAUCUGAUAUUCUAUGAAAUAGCAGAGCAGGUUGCUGGAAGCUGUGACCUCAGGAAGAUGGCCCUACGGCUAGGAGUCACAGAAUCUCCGGUGGCACAAGUCGAACACGACAAUCAGCAACUCGUAACACAAUUUUACAAGGUUUUCCGGCUUUUUGACAAGAAAAUGCUGAAUCCAGAGGAUAUGAUCAAGCGAUUCCUAGAAGUACUGGUUAAAACUGAUCAAGUAUCUACUGCAGCCUGGCUACGGAAAAGACUUGGAAUUAGGGACCUGGAGGCAUCAUUAGAAGGUGGAGAGUCUAGUCCCGUCCCACAUGUCAUACCCCAGACAGAGACGACGGGACGAAAGAGCAAUGAUGAAUUCUUUGAUAUCUUCCUUGUGCACACUGGCAAAAGCGAAAACACAAAAAAAUUCCAGACAAUCUGUGACCGGCACAAGUGGGUUGUGAAGUCCACCAUGCCAGUGGGCACCCCAGUCCAUCAAGAAAUUGAGCGCAUGCUAAACUCUUCAACCCAUCUGGCCCUCAUCAUCACAGAGAGUGAUUGCAUCAGGUACAAAAACAGGGAAAUGUCCAUAACUGUCGAGAUGGCUCUGCAAUUAGCGUAUAAUGUAGGGGAGCUGGCCGGUUAAAGUCCUUCCUAUACGCUGCUGCAACAAGAAGAGCUUACCUCUUGUCCUGCAAGCGUUGACCGGUGCUCACAUCGAUGAGGAGAGCUUCGAGGAGCGGCUGGUUGAUACCAUCGACACCGAGACCAGGUUAAGCAGGAUGAGGAGAGAAACAUAACUAGAAAACUAGACAGAUCUAUGGGAAAUGUAGAAGUGUCAAUAUUUGAUCAUGUAUAUGAUUAAUUAGUAAUGAUCCCACAACCAGUGGAGAUAUAACUAUGGCAGUUCAUGGGGUUAUUUCAAUUUCAAUUCCAAUUCAAUUUAUUCAAUCAUUAAAACCAUAUAAAAUACAAAAACAACAAACAUUUUUUUUACAAACAUAAUGAUAUUUAAUGCAAGUACAGCUUGAUUUAAAAAUGAGUUGGGACAAAAGAAAGAUUGAAAAUCUUGUAAAUUUUAUUUCUACUUUGAAAACAAAUGAAUUAAAAGUUACUUUCCCAUCUAAAAGUCGAGGGAAAAAUAAUACAAUACAACCACAAUUGUCAAAAAAGAUAGCUUAGACGGUACAACAGCAACAAUGUCCUUUGGCAAGACAUUGAUCUACAUUUGCCACACUCCACCCAGGUGAAGUAAAUGGGU